AAAUCGAGUAAUGUUUUGUGUUUAGUAACUAAAAAAAAUACACACAGUUUGUGAUAGCCUUUUAAAGCGCGAAAAAAGCCUAAAAAAAUUCCGUUGUCCGUAUUUUCAUAAGCAUUUUUUGGCAGUGUCCUUUUCGUUGAAUUUAUUUUUUCUUUCGCUUGCGUUUGUGUGUGUGCAUGAGCAGUGUGUUUUUUUCCUGACAUUGCAAAUCAAAAAGAGAGGCAUCAUAAUUUAUGUGAUAAAAAAGAAAAUAUUGGCACGUGCACAAAUUUUUAUAUAUCAUUGUGUGUACACGGUUGUAUGUGGGUGUGAAACUGGCGGAGUUAGAACGAAGGGCAAACUUUGAUUUUCUUUCGUUAUUUUGCUUUUGACGAAAUGGACGAAAAAUCAUCGGUACCUGCUGAAAAAUCACCGCAAUUUAAACUAACAUUACCCGCAGCAGAGCCAAUAAAAAAUUUAAUCAGCCGCUCACCAUUGCCAUCACCGACCCAAAAACGGAAACAACUUUUGCCACCAACGACAAACGAAACCAAAGCCCCAUGUCAAACAACACCGUUAAAUGUUGGCUCGGCAACAGGUAAUCCUCGAAAUAAAUGUGCACUGCAGCCCGGACACUCGCUUAUGGACUGGGUACGAUUGGGAAAUUCAAAUUACGAUUUAGCUGGAACGAAAGGCGUCAUCCGAGCGAUUAGCUACGAAGAAUUGGCCAAACACAAUAAAAACGACGAUUGUUGGCUUGCUAUACGUGGCAAGGUGUAUAAUGUUACAAAAUACAUGGAUUUCCAUCCGGGUGGUGUUGAUGAGCUAAUGAAAGGCGCUGGAAAGGAUGCAACAAAACUAUUUGAUGAUGUUCAUGCAUGGGUGAAUUAUGAGCAGCUUUUGUGUAAAUGUUUUGUUGGUCCAUUGCGCACCACAUUGACCAUUAAUUUGGAUGUGAGUGGAAAUAGUUCACGGGCGAAGAGUAUCAAUCAAUUAGCAAGCUCAACAACACCAAAUGGCUGCUUUAAGGCACCAUUCUUGCCUAUAUUGAAUACGGUUAGCAGCGGCAGCAACAAUAAAUCACCAACAACAGCCAAGAGCAACGAUGAUACACAAUCGCAGUCAACUGAAAGCAGCUUAAGUACCAUGCCCAUCGAAAUUGUGCCGCGAUUCGAUUGGAUUCAAAAAACCAACGAACUGUCAUUGGUUUUCUAUACGAAAGCAUUUUGUAAUCCAGCACUGUUGAUUCGUUGCAUAACGCAGUCGCCGCAAUCGAAAUUUGAAAUAGGCAUCCAAAUCGAGCAAACGAUGCACAUAAAUCAAUUUCAAUUGGCCGAUCAAGUGGCAUUUCCACCAUUGGCAACGAAAAUCAACUAUGAAACUGGAAAAAUUGAAUGCAUCUUUCAAAAAAACGUGCCUGCUCUAUGGACAAAUUUCGGUCUAAUGACACGACAAAAACUCACCGAUUUAAGCAAUUGCACAUAUCUGUAUAAUGUCAUUGAACGAGUACAAAUCACACACGAUUCUUAUGCUUUAGUCUUGCAGCCAAAACAAUCUCUCAUACAAAUCCUCCCAAUCGGUCAUCAUAUCAGCGUCACCGCAAACGUAGAAGGCACCAAUAUUACACGUAGUUAUACACCAGUACCAAAAACAUAUGCACCAAUUAGCUGUAAUAAACCAGAGGCCGAUCCAAGUUUUUAUCUAUAUUUAUUGAUUAAGACGUAUGUUAAUGGUGCUUUAACUACACAUUUAACCAAUAAUUUACCAUUGGCACAUGAUUUAGAAAUAUCAUAUGCAAAAGGCAAUUUUAAGUUAAACCAAGUCAAAGAAUUCACGCGGAUUGCAAUUUUAGCGGCCGGCAGUGGCAUAACGCCAAUGCUAGCAAUCAUCGAUUAUCUGCUGGAACGUAGGAGUAACAGAGUUGAAUCGAUAAGUAUGUUAUAUUUCAACAAAACAACGGACGACAUUUGGUGUAGAAGCAAUUUAGAUUUAUUGACCGAUAAAAAUAAUAGGUUUCAAGUUCGGUAUGUUUUAUCGGAACCGAAUGAUGAUGAAGAUUGGCACGGCGACAUCGGACGAAUGUCAGAAGAGUUAGCAGCUAGCCUUUUGAAAUUGGAUUCAAAAUUUUAUUCGGAAUUUUGUUUCGUAUGCGGACCACUACCGUUUAACCAACUAUGCGAGAAAACAUUACGAUCCGUUGGCUUUGACGACAAACGCACACAUUUCUUCCGCGGUUGAAAUAUGUCAACAAUCAGCUAAUAAUUGAUGGCUUUUACACCAAUGCACAUGAAAACGUCUCAAUGAGCUCGAUGAUUCCAAUUUGUGAUUUAAAGAAAACCAAGUGUUUUUAAAACCAAAUAUUUUCAUUUAAAAUUGCUAAAGGAUUUGAAUUUACUUAAUAAAA